AUCCAUCCCCACCCGCACCCAACGCCACCAAAUCCAAAUCCAUGGGGGUCGCCUCUCCCUCGCCGCCGCCGCCCGCCGCCGCCGCCGCCAACCAAGCUCGGCCGCCGGAUCCACCAAUCCCCACCCCACCCCCUCCUCCAACAGAAGGAGGAGGAGGCAUGGCGGUCGCCCCUCCUUCGUCGCCGCCUCCCGCCGUCGCCGCCGCCGUUGCCGCCGGCAGCCCGAACCCGACCUCCACUGAGGGCCAAGGAAAGAUGCUGGUCGCCUCUCCUUCGUCGCCGUCGCCCGCCGCCGCCGGCAGCCAGCACCCGCCCUACCCCGAGAUGAUUAAGCAGGCGCUGACGGAGCUGGGAGGCACCUCCGGCCGCAUCGCCAUCGCCGCUUUCAUCCUCGGCCGCUUCAAGGCCGCCCACGACGAGCUCCUCAGGACCCACCUCCGCCGCCUCGUCUCCCAAGGCGUCGUCCGCGGCUACGGAUCAGAAGCCAGAGCUUGCUACGUCUUCCCCGCCUCCUACACCAAAACUCGCGGCCGGCCCCGCAAGCGCAAGCUGCUCCGCCUCCCCGCGCCGCCGACCCUCCCCCUCCCACUCCCCGCGCCGCCAACCAACGAGGAAAAUUUGGAUCUCAGUUUGGAUACAUCUGGAGGAUUACGGAGCAGACGUGGCCGGCCCCUCUUGCCGGCACUCCCUGCGCCCAAGAAUUUGUCAUCGGAUCUCAGUUUGGUUCCUCAUCAAUCUGGAGGGUCACAGAUUAGCAGUGAUGAUGAUGAUUACUCCACUUCCAGUGAUGAUGAUGAUGAUGAAGAUGAAGGUGAAGAUGACUACAGCAGUGGUGAUGACAACGAUGAUGAAUACACUCCUGCGCGUGCAUAUGCUUUGCUCGUCCAUGGAGCAAAGCGCCCACGGAAGCGCAAGCGCAAGAGGGGGCCAGAUCGUCGUCGUAAGCUUCUGCUGUCCGCGAAUUCCUCAGUCACCAAGAAAGGAAGUGGGAGGCCAAGGAAGAAGCAGAAACUUGGCUUGUCACAGGCUGCUUUCCAGAAUGGAACCCCAGGAGGUGGAGGUGGUUUCUCGACGCCCAAGAGAGGGCGUGGGAGGCCGCGAAAGGAUGCACAAGGGCUCUCAACCGGUGUCAAGAGAGGCCGUGGGAGACCCAGAAAGGAUGCACAAGGGCUGACAACCGGUGUCAAGAAAGGCCGUGGCAGACCCAGAAAGGAUGCACAAGGGCUGUCAACCGGUGUCAAGAAAGGCCAUGGCAGACCGAGAAAGGAGUCAGAAGGAAUGUCAGCGGGUGUCAAGAGUGGCCGUGGGAGGCCGAGAAAGGAGCCAGAAGAUGGUGUUCCAGAAGCAGACUCUUCUUCUGAAACUGAAUCAGACGCAGAGUCAGACUCUUCUCUAACUGGGUCAGACACAGAGUCAGACUCUCCAAAUGUAUCCAGGUGGUUGAAGGAAGGGUUUGGGAAUCCAGCAACAAUAGCGACGCCGACAGCAGCAGUCAGGCCUGUGUCGAGGGGGCUGAAUAUAGGGUCUCUGAGGCCAACAAUAGAGUCUCCUGGAACUGUUGUUUACUCUGCUGCCGCUGCGUCCACGGGAAUGAAGAAACUGCUUGGGAGGCCAAGAAAGAAGGGAUCAUCAAAAGCAGUGUCCGCCAAAACUGGAGAUGGAGCGCCUGCUGAGGCUGGAGGUGGUGCGUCCACGGGGAUCAAGAAACCGCGUGGGAGACCGAGAAAGGAGAGACCACCAGAAGCAAUGUCCGCUGAAGCUGGAGAUGCAGCAGCGCCUGCUCCUGAAACUGGAAAUGCAGCAGCGCCUGCUUCUGAAACUGGAAAUGCAGCAGCGCAUGCUCCAGAAGCUGGAGAUGCAACUCCUGCUCUUGAAACCGGAGAUGCAACUCCUGCUCCGCCUGCUGAAACUGGAGCACCAGCACCUGCUCCUGAAGCUGGAGAUGCAGUGCCUGCCCCUGAAACUGGAGAUGUGACGCCUGCUUCUGAAACUAGAGAUGCAGCAGCAGCAUCUGCUCCUGAAACUGGAGAUGCGGCGCCUGCUUCUGAAACAGCAGCACCUGCUCCUGAAGUUGGAGAUGCACCGCCUGCUCCUGAUGAAAAUGGAGCAGCAACGCCUGCCAAAACUGGAGAUGGUGCGUCGACGGGAAUCAAGAAACCGCGUGGGAGGCCGAGAAAAGAGAGACCGCCAGAAGAAAUGUCUCCAGAAACUGGAGAUGCAAUGCCUGCUCCUGAAACUCGAGAUGCAGCGCCUGAUGAAAAUGAAGCAGCAACGCCUGCUGAAGCUGGAGAUGCUGCUUCAACUGGAUUCAAGAAACCGUGUGGGAGGCCGAGAAAGGAGAGACCACCAGCAUCAAUCCCUGCUGAAACUGAAGAUGCAACCCCUGCUGAGACUGGUGAUGCAAGGCCUGCUGAAACUGGAGCAGCAACGCCUGCUGAAGCUGGAGCAGCAACGCCCGCUGAAGCUGGAAAUGCUGCAUCGACAGGGAUCAAGAGACCGCUUGGAAGGCCUAGAAAGGUGAAGAAGCUUGGGAGGCCAAGAAAGGAGAAGCCAGAAGAAGCAGCAAUAUCUGGUGAAACUGGAGAUGAUGCUGCAGCAGCUAUAUUUGCUGAAUCUGGAGCAGCAACGCCCGGUGAAAAAGCUGGAGAUUCUGCAUCGGCGGGCAUCAAGAGAGGGCGCGGGAGGCCAAGGAAGGAGAGGCCGGAGACAGCGAUUUCUGCUGAAAGUGGAGACGCCAAAACAGAAACAAAAACGAAGAAGCCAAAAGUAGCAAGGCCAGCUGGAGAUGGUGAGAUCAAGAGAGGGCUCGGGAGGCCAAGAAAGGUGAAACGUGGGAGGCCAAAAAAGGAGAAUCCAGCAUCAGACGACGGCAUGUCAACGGGAAUUAAGGGACCGCUUGAGUCCCCGAGAUCAUAUUAUGCAUUGUCUGGUGGAGCUGGAAAAGCCGUGUCAACAGGAAGCAAGAUUGCACUGGAGAGUCCAAGGACGGCGGAGAAGCCAUCGGCAGGCGACAUCGUGUCGAUGGUGAUGAAGAGGAGGCGUGCGAUGCCAAGGAGCGACCAACAGCCCUCUGAAGCUGGGCGCGUAAAAGCUUCUGGUGGGAUUUUUGGAUACGUGCGAGAAUCCAGUGGUAAACAAGAGAAGGAGAAGGAGGGCCUGGCAUCAUCUGGGGAGGGGGAGAAAACACAGAGCAAAGAAGGUGUGGUGGUGGCGGCUGCUUCAGGGGGUGGUGAGGAAACUGGGGUUGCUGCAGAUGCGCCGGUUUCUGCAGAGCAGGCAAAAGCGGGUGGUGCUGCUGUUGUUGUGGAAACCGGAGGUGUGACUGAAUCUUCUUCUGAUAAGCUGGGCUCUUCUGCUGCAGAGAAGGCGGCGAGUGCUCCUCCGCGUGUCGAGGCUGUAGGAGGUGCGACUGAAUCUUCUUCUGAGAAGCUGGGCUCUUCUGCUGCAGAGAAGGUAGCGAGUGCUCCUCAUCGGCAUGUCGAGGCUGUAGGAGGUGCAACUGACUCUUCUUCUGAGAAGCUGGGCUCUUCUGCUGCAGAGAAGGUAGCGAGUGCUCCUCCUCGGCAUGUCGAGGCUGUAGGAGACGCAACUGACUCUUCUAAUAAGAAUGGUUGUGCAGCAGCAGAAGCGAGUGGUACAGAGAAUGUGGAGAAGGUUGAAUCUGAUAAGAAACUGGGGAGCUCUGCAGCAGGGACUGCUCCUGUGGAGGGGGAGGGUGGAGAAGACAAGCUGGGAUCUGCAGAAAGAUGUGUGGUUAGUUGAGAUGAUAUGAGCUGAGCACAAGGAAUGUAUCAUGAGAAGAAGAAGAUAAUGGUGAUUUUCUGGACUUUACUGUACAAUGGUGAUUUUCUGGACUGGACUGGAGCGCAAGGAAGAAGAAGAAGAAUGAAUGAAUGAAUCAUAAUUUAAUUAAUAAUAUGUAUGGUAACUGUAAUAGACAUUGUUAAGUAGUAGUUGGUUCCUCCUCUAAGUACUAAUUAAUUAUGUUUGGAUUAUUGGUGUAGUGUAUGAUUAUGCAUGCAUGCAUUAAUCUGUUUAUUAUCAUGUCUGUCCUUACAAGGUGUAUUGUUUUAGUUGCUAAACUAAAUGACUGAUGUAUGUCUGUCUGUCUAUUUUUUCUUUCUUUGUUUGUUUCAA